CAACCUGGCUUUAUUAGCUAAGCAGGCAUGGAAUCUAAUCACCAAACCGCAAUCCCAAUGGGCUAUGCUCAGGAGAAGCUUAUAUUUUCCUAAUGGGGACUUUUGGACAGCGAAACAAGGAUCCAUGCCCUCAUGGGGGAGGAGAAGUUUACUUGCUGCUGGGAAGGUUUUAUCCCUGGGUGCUAGAAUGCAGGUUCGUGAUGGAGCAACAUGUUUCGUGUGGAAGGAUCCCUAAAUCCCAUCCCUACCUGGCUUUAGGUUGUUCUCCCCACUCCCUCCUGGCCUUCAAUUUAUGAGAGUCUAGGAAUUACUUUCUCCUUAUGGUUGGAAUGUCAAUAGAGUAUCUAAUCUAGUCUCACAAAUGGAAUUUGAGGGGCUUUAGAGACCAUUGGAUAUAGCAUGCAAACAAAUAUGGGUUAUUCACUGUGAAAUCAACUUAUUUCCUUCUCCAGCUCCGUGACAAUGAUAACGACAAUCGCUUAUCCCCAUCCAACAUGAUGGAUCAAGAUUUUUGGAGGAAAUCCUAGCGUGUUAACCUCCCAUCAAAACUUAAAGCCUUUUUCUGGAGGUUGGUGAGAGGGAAACUUCCAGUUAAUGAGGUCCUCUCCAAGAGAAGAAUUAUAAAGGACCUUCAUUGCCCUCUAUGUUUAAACGAGGUUGAGUCGGUUGAGCAUUCACUGAUCCUCUGCCCUAUUGUGCAACAAGUGUGGUUUAGUUUUGGGGUAGGGUGCUCUCCUGAGGUACACGGAUUUCCUUCUAUGCUCAGGUGGUGGGAAGCUAUUCUAGAGAACUGAGCUAGAACCAAUACGAAUUUUAUCAUAAAAAGUGUUUGCAUUUGCUGGGCCAUCUAGAAAGGCAGAAAUGACUAUUCAAUAGAGAAAAGCUUUGACCCAAUUGACAUAGCAGCUAAAGCAACACAAACUGGGGGCUGGAUAUUGUUCCUUGUUUAUGCCGAACUUAGAUUUCAACAAUUUCUAUCCCAGGUUGCAUCAUACGGCCUAGACGGAGUCCUCUGCUGAUUAUCAAAUCCAUGUUGCCGUUAAAGAGCUAAGACUGCUAACCAGUUUGGUGCUGCUACCCUCAUCCUCAAUCAAAAUGGUGAUUUGAUUGAUGGAGCGGCUUCUGUGAAAAGCUCUUAUUCUGCACUUGCUGCUGAAGCCGAUGCUGUUAACCAAGCUUUCAAGCUGGUUGAGGAGGUUGGAACUCGAAAUUUUAUAUUCUACACCCCCAACAAACGAUUUAGAGCUGCUAAAUGAGUUGUUAAACAAAUUGGUUUUUGGUAGUCUUCCUUUUUCUUGGGUGAUAAUUCGCCUGAACUUUUAUGUAUUUUAUCUUCUCACUAAUAUUAUUCUCAUUCUGACCAAAAAGAAAAAAAGAAAAAGAACAGCCAAAAAUUUAAGGUUUUAGAUAAAUUGGCACUAAAAGGGAGGUAGGGGUGAAUUAGGCCUAUUUGUAAAGUUCGAGGGGUAAAUCGGACUUUAUUCCAAUAACAUCUCACGCUCACACGACACAAAAAGACGUAAUAUGUAUAUGACUACUUUUUGACGGUGUUUUGGUCGGUGAGUUAGACUCCCACCCACACACAUUCGUUCAUUCUCUCUCUCCUGACAGCUUCAAAUUUCCGCUAUCAACGCCCCUCUUUCUGUUUUUUUUUUUUUUUUUUUUUUGACCUUUCCACUUUGUUACUCUCACUUUCUGUUCCUUUGUGUUUUUUUUUUUUUUUCUUGAAACUUUGAAGUCCAAAUACAUAAGCUCUUGAAUUUAGAAAGUAGAGUAAAAAUUUAACAGUGCGAGGGUGAGAGUGAGAGUGUGAGAGAGAUGCUGUUUAGCCAUGAGAUUUUGAAUUUUCUGGUAAGGAAAGAUGUGGGGAAGAUACUGAAACGCAAAGACAGUGAUGCUGGUGAAAGAGGAAGAGCUUUGGAAGAAGUGCGUUCUUCUUUGUUCAACAAAUUACGGUUCGCUGAAAGUGCAAAGCGACAAGAGCAACGCAUAUGCCAUCCAAUUAUUGCUCUUGCAUUCAAUUUUGUGGUUGCUAUUAGUAUUAUUUUCAUGAACAAAUGGGUGCUUCAAGGAGUUGGAUUUCAUUUCCCUAUAUGUCUCAGCUUUAUUCACUAUUUGAUAAGCUGGAUAUUGAUGGCUAUUCUAAAAGCCUUUUCUAUUCUUCCUGCAUCACCUCCUUCAAAGUCGAGCUUUUUAUCCUUAUUUACUCUUGGAUUUGUCAUGUCUCUAUCUACUGGUCUGGCUAAUGUUAGCUUAAAGUACAACAAUGUUGGUUUCUAUCAAAUGGCUAAGAUUGCUGUUACGCCCUCAAUUGUCUUACUGGAAUUUAUAUGGUUUGGAAAGCGUGUUUCUUUCUCAAAGGUGGUUGCACUUACAGUUGUGUCUAUUGGUGUUGCUGUUGCAACAGUGACUGAUUUGCAAUUCAGCCUUUUUGGUGCUUGUAUAGCAUUGGCGUGGAUAAUUCCCAGUGCAGUCAACAAGAUCCUCUGGUCCACUAUGCAACAGCGAGAAAACUGGACAGCAUUGGCGUUAAUGUGGAAGACAACACCAAUCACUUUGUUUUUUCUGGCUUCAUUGAUUCCGUUCUUAGAUCCCCCAGGUGUCUUCUCCUAUCAAUGGAAUGACAGUAACACAUUGCUGAUUCUCGUGUCAGCUUUCCUAGGCUUCUUGCUUCAGUGGUCUGGUGCUUUGGCGCUCGGUGUGUUCCGUGCUUUAUGGGGGUUGCGUGAGAAGAGACAAGCAUGUGAAUUAACUUGUAGAAUGUAACUUUUACUAUCAUGUUGUUUGAUCUAAGUUGCAACAGUAGGCAAUGGGCAACAUCUGCUAUUUCACACGUAGUUCUGGGUCAAUUCAAAACAUGUGUUGUGCUUCUUGGAAAUUAUUAUAUCUUUGGCUCCAAUCCAGGAGCAACCAGCAUUUGUGGUGCAUUCACAGCCAUUGGUGGUAUGUCUGGU